AAAAAUGACCUCGGAGCUUAAAAAUAACGAAGAAGACUACAACUCAUCGUCCGAUGAAGAUUACGAUCCAACAAAGGAUACCGAUUUUGAUCCAAAGGAUGAAAUCGAUGAUCAAGAAGAAUGCGAAGAUGGAAUUGACGAAGAAGUUGAACAUCUGAAAAAUGAAAAACAAAGUGACGACCAUACAUCAGAAAAGGCAAACAGUACUGAAGGAAGUGUUGAUGUGGAUGCGAUAUUUGCAGAAUUAACUGGGCUAGCACCGAAACCAGUUGUCAACGAUACAUCAAGCAAGAAUAUUCCAAAAACUGAAGAAAGGGUGUAUCCAAAAUCAGCAGCAUCUGCAUCCAACGAGUCUACAAAUCAGAAGGUUUAUCCGAAAAAAACGGAAACAGCUGGAACAUCGUCUGAAAGUAGCAUUGUACCCGGAAAGAAAAGAGUCGGCUUGCUUGAUGCUGCAAAAUCACUGUCGAAGCGUUCUAAAAUUUCUGUUUUGGAGAAAUCUGAUCGAGAUUGGAAAGAUUUUACGACGCAAAAUAAUUUAAAAGAAGAUUUGGAAUCUCAUAACCGAGGGAAAGGCGGUUAUCUGAACAAAAUGGACUUCUUAAACCGAGCUGAUAAUCGCCAGUUUGAAAAAGAACGAGCGUUCCGUGCAACAGCUCGUAAGGACACUGGACAGUAAAUAAUUCUUUAUUUUUUCAAUUGAAUCUUUUUUGUGAUUUUCUGGUUUCUUUGACAAUUCGUAACUUUGAAAAAUUCAUAAACCUUCUGUAAAGAU